AUGCUCAAGACACCGCAGUCCAUAAUUGGACUGUUGCUUUUGAUAGCAGCAGCCGUUUUGGCUGCACCAUCAGUUUUGAUAGCUGAUAAAGCGAGCGAUUUGGUUACUGAUCUUCCUGGUUUGACAUUCACACCAAACUUCAAACAAUAUUCUGGAUUUUUGGAUGCUUCACAAGGAAAUCAUCUUCAUUACUGGUUAGUUUUUUAUUGAUUAGUGAAAGUAUACGUCUGGACUUCUAACCGAAAGUUCCAAGAAAUUGAAUUUUUAAAUUACAUAAGUUCAGUUUGAUAUAUUUUUAGUUCUAAACCCUCAUCUUUGAAAAUUUCUUUAUCAUUUUCCACUUUUUUUCCCCAACGUUAAGCUCUUGUAAGACACAGAUAAUAAUUGAAAAGUACGAAUAUGAAAUGAAGAUAGGCUUAUUAUCUAUGUUCAACACACACUCUUAUCAAAAAAUUUCAUCAUUUCUAAGUUGGUUGUUCAUCAUCCAAAAUUAAAAUGGAAUGAGGGGUCAAGUACAUUUUUUCAGGUUCGUCGAAGCUCAAUCUUCCCCAGCAUGGGCUCCAUUAGUUCUCUGGUUGAACGGUGGACCAGGAUGCUCAUCUGUGCUCGGUUUGAUGACUGAAAAUGGUCCAUUCAGAGUUUUGGAAGAUGGUGCAACUGUCGUUGAAAACGUCAAUUCAUGGAACAAAGCUGCCAAUAUUUUAUAUCUCGAAGCUCCAAGAGAUGUCGGUUUCUCAUAUCGCGAUUCAAAUCAAUAUGGAAAUGAUACAUUGUAUAAUGAUGACAAAACAGCUUUGGAUAAUGCUUUGGCGCUUAUUCAAUUCUUCCAGCGUUUUCCAGAAUAUCAAGGACGUGAUUUUUAUAUCACUGGAGAAUCUUAUGGUGGAGUUUAUGUUCCAACUUUGACCAAACUUGUUGUUCAAUUGAUUCAAGUGAGUGAAUUUUCUCUUACUAUUUAAAACCUGAUGUGAUUUGCAGAAUGGUACCACUCCAUUCAUCAACUUGAAAGGAUUCGCUGUUGGUAACGGAGCAUUGAGCAGAAAACAACUCACCAACUCAGCCAUCGAUCUUCUCUAUUAUCGUGGAAUGCUCGGAAACAAUCAAUGGGCAACUCUUCGUCAAUGCUGUCCGGAUACACCGCAAGGACCACUUGUUGAUUGUGAUUUCUCACAAUUUGUCACAUUUGAUAAUUGGGGAAAUCCAAUUCCAUUGAACAAUACAAAUGAUCCGAUUCAAGUUGCUUGCGCCAAAUCUGUUAUUGAUUUGUCAUUGAAUGGUGUUUGGGAAACAUAGUAAGUAAGCGGACCGGGCAGAAUUUUUGAAAAUCAUACUUGAAAGUUUCAAAUCCCCUUAAUUUUUGGAUGCUUAUAAAAACCUUGUUCUAUUUUCAGCAACGAUGUUUAUAACUCAUAUCAAGAUUGCUACGACCCAAGUGCAUACAGUUCUGAAGAACUUCACGACAAGAUCCACAAAAAAGUUAUGAAAAAAUUGUUCAAAGCAUCAAUGGGAGCAACUGCUCAAUCAGCAUACAAUCUCUUCAGUACCGGAUCGAAUCCAUUCAUUGAUCAAGGAGUAAGUUCGGUUAUUUAAAUUUUAAAAAAAUUCCAUCACUGCCAAUAGGUUAACUAAAUUUGUUUCAGUCUCUUCGCAACAGUCGCUCAACCGAUGCUCUCAAUUCCUAUCCAUGUUAUGUUGAUGAUUCAACAACUACAUACUUGCAAAGAUCGGAUGUUCGACAAGCUCUCCACAUUCCAGACAAUGUUCAAGCUUGGCAAGAAUGCAGUGAUGAUAUAAAUGGAAUUUAUUAUAUUCAACAAACACCAGAUCUUACACCAGUUUUCAAGUUUCUUGUUGAUUCUGGUUAUCCACUCAAAACUUUGAUUUAUAAUGGAGAUGUUGAUCUGGCUUGCAAUUAUUUGGGAGAUCAGUGGUUUAUUGAAGAAUUGGCCAACAAACAAUACACAGUGAGUUCUAGAUGAAAUGAAAAUCUGCAGAAUUAAUUAAAAAAUUCUUCUAGAUGACAUUGACAAGAGCUCGUGAACAAUGGAACUACACCAGAAGCGCUGCCUAUCAAACAAGUUUGGCUGGAUAUGUGAAAUCCUGGUCAUACAAUAAUUUCACUCUUGAUUUAUUGACUGUUAAAGGAGCUGGACAUAUGGUUCCAAUGGAUCGUCCAGGACCAUCACUUCAAAUGUUCUACAACUACAUCUAUCAAACAAAUUAUAAUAAUAUUGCUCCAUUCAGUUUGGUUCCAACUACACUUCGCUCACAAUAUGUUGCACCUCCUCAAAAAACCUGUGAGCGUCAUUUUUGAUGAUAUUUCAUUUAUCAUAAUCAUAUUACACGAAAGAUUACAUUCAAUUUUUUUCUUAUCAGCAGUUUUUUAUUUAAAAAAAGACGCUCCUAAGAAAAAAAUGAAACAAAAAUUUUUCAGUCACUCGCAAACAAGCUGAUCGCGUUUGGAACUUACCUGGCGUCACAUACGGUUUGAACUUCAAACAAUAUUCGGGUUAUUUGAAUGGUGUUACCGGAAACUAUUUGCAUUACUGGUUUGUUGAAUCACAAGGCAAUCCAUCGACUGAUCCAUUAGUUCUUUGGCUUACCGGAGGUCCAGGUUGCUCUGGUCUUUUGGCUCUUCUUUCUGAAUUAGGACCAUUCCAUCCAAAUCAAGAUGGUAAAACACUUUUCGAAAAUGUUUACUCGUGGAACAAAGCGGGUAAUGUUUUGUUCUUGGAAUCGCCGAGAGGUGUUGGAUUCUCUGUUCAAGAUACUACUUUGAAUAAUGAUACGAUUUGGGAUGAUGCUAGAGUAAGUUAAAUACCAUAAGGCCGAUUUUGGAAUUAGCCAAACAUUUUUUCUGACUUCUGAAUCAGUGUCUUGGCAAUAUUGAUUUUUUGACCAAACGUUUUAGAAUCUGAAAAUUAUCUGAAAUUUGAUAUGAAUUUUUGAAGCACAUUAAAAAAUUUCAAUUCGGCCACUUGACAAUCAAAAAAAAUUUUCAGACCGCCACUGACACAUAUUUGGCAUUGAAAGAUUUCUUGACCGUAUUCCCAGAAUACAUCAACCGCCCAUUCUUUGUCACUGGAGAAUCUUAUGGUGGAGUCUAUGUUCCAACAAUCACCUCUCUUCUCAUCGACAAAAUUCAAGUGGGUUUCUCGGCUGAAUCUAAAAACCUCAAAAAAAAAUACUUUCAGUCUGGAGAUUUCCCACAAUUGAAUUUGGUUGGUAUGUCAAUCGGAAAUGGAGAACUUUCUGCGAUUCAACAAUUCAACUCAGCUAUCAUGAUGGGAUAUUAUCACGGGCUUUUCAGCAAAGAGUGAGUUUUUUUUUGAAUUAGGAACCUAUAGCAAUAUUUUCAGCGAUUUUGACUCACUUCAACAAUGCUGCAAUCAAACUAAAGCCAAUGCUCAAUGGUUCGAAUAUUGUGAUUUUUCACAAUAUAUUCAUCUCGACACCAGUGGUUCAGCCAAUCCAAUCGAUAAUUCUUUCUGUGCUAACAAGGUUGCUGAUUUGGGACAACAAAGAUUCUGGAAUUCAUUGUGAGUUCUAGAAAUACAUUUAAAAAAAUAAUAAUCUACAUAAAUUAUAGGAACAAUGUCUAUAAUAUCUACCAAGAUUGUUAUGAGCAAUCCGACAGAGCUUUUGGAUCAAGAAUGCCAAUUGCUGAAAAGAAACGUCUUAUCAGAGGAUUCAUUGAUCAAGGAGCUAAAGUUUCAACAUCUUCAACUGACAAUCAAGGAGGAUUCAUUUGCUACGCAACAUCUCAAUCUGCCACUUGGAUCAAUCAACCAGAUGUUCGAUCUGCACUUCAUGUUUCUUCAGCUGCUGGAGAUUGGUCAGCUUGUAAUGAUACUGUCAACGGAGCUUACGUUCAACAACACAAUGACACAACUUCUGUUUUCCAACAUAUGAUUGAUUCCGGAUAUCCACUUCGUGUUUUGAUCUACAACGGAGACGUCGAUCAGGCUUGUAAUUAUUUGGGAGAUCAAUGGUUUAUUGAAGCAUUGGCAACCAAGAAUCAAAUCCCUGUUACUAAACCAAGAGAUGCUUGGAGAUACCAGACUCAAAUUGCUGGUUACGCCAAGAAAUUCGAUAACCAAGCAGGAUUCACGAUUGAUCUUUUGACAGUGAAGGGUGCUGGACAUAUGGUUCCAACUGAUCGACCAGGACCAGCUCUUCAAAUGAUUGCAAACUUCUUUAGAAAUCAAGAUUAUAGUAAUCCAACAGUUAUUGAUACCACACUUCAUCCAUUGAAAACCACAUAUUUGGUAGCUGAACAACUUGCAGCAUCUUUGAAUCGUUCAACAACUGGAAUGACUAUGACUCAUAAUGGAAAUCGUGUUCACGCCAAAGUCAAUCGUGUUUCAAGAUCUCGUGUUGCCCGAGAGAACUUGGCUGAACGCGCUUCUAUUCCACCACCACCAGUUCAAACCAAAGCCCAAGAUUUGAUCACAAAUCUUCCAGGAUUAACAUUCACACCAAAUUUCGCUCAAUAUUCCGGAUAUCUUAAUGCGUCUUCUGGAAAUUAUUUGCAUUACUGGCUUGUUGAAUCACAAUUAAAUGCUACUUAUGAUCCUCUGAUUCUCUGGCUUAAUGGAGGUCCAGGAUGUUCAUCUCUCGGAGGUUUCUUCGAGGAACUCGGUCCAUUCCACGUCAAUCAAGAUGGUGCAACUUUGUUUGAAAAUCAAUUCUCAUGGAACAAAGCCGGAAAUGUUUUGUUCUUGGAAGCCCCAAGAGAUGUUGGAUUCUCAUACAGAAGUAACGAUGUUCCUGCGGACACCAUGUACAACGAUACUUACGUGAGUGCUUUGGGCUGGAACUGUAGAUCAAUUAACUAAUUUCAGACAGCUUCUGACACUGUUUUGGCUCUCGCGAAUUUCUUCGACAGAUUCCCAGAGUACAAAGGACGUGAUUUCUACAUCACUGGAGAAUCAUAUGGUGGAGUUUAUGUUCCAACUUUGACUCGCGCUUUGAUCAACAGUAUUCAAGUGAGUCGAUGAUCUAGAAUAAGUUUAUCAUAAAAUGUUGUAAUGUUUCCAGUCUGGAGCUCUUUCCUACGUCAAACUUGUCGGAGUCGCAAUCGGAAACGGUGAACUCUCUGCAAUUCAACAAAUCAACUCGGCCGUUUCACUCACAUAUUUCCGCGGUGAACAUGAUAAGAGUGAUUGGGAUGCGAUUUCAAAAUGCUGUGACAACACAACCACUCAAGCUUAUUGCGAUUUCUCACAGUAUUAUUAUAUCGAUACUGCUGGAAAUGCUUGGCCAAAGGUUAAUGAUAAUUCAUUGGCUGGACAAUGUGGACAACUUGCUGUGCAACAAGGGCAGAUUGAUGUUUGGACUACAGAGUGAGAAAUUUUUGAAUUUCGGGUUUUGAAAAUUCGGUGUUUUUUUAGCAAUGAUGUUUACAACACUUUUGCUGAUUGCUACGUUACUCCAUCUGCUUCCGAUUCCAAACUCUCUGAGAUCACCAAGGGAAUCAAACGAGUUCAAAACAGAAGGUCAAAGAGAGAUGUCUCACCACUUCUCCCAUCGCAAUUAUUCGUUGAUCAAGCUGUAAGUUUGUAUUUUUCUAGACAAAAACGUUUACCAAAUCAUUUUUCCAGAAAAAAAUCAAUUAUCAAUCAACUGAUGCCAAUCAAGGAUUCACAUGCUUCUCCGGAGCCACAGCUGAAAGUUAUUUGAAUCUUCCAGAAGUCCGAACAGCUAUCCAUAUUCCAAACGAAGUUCCAUAUUGGACUGAUUGUAAUCUUGUGAUGAAUGAAAACUACAUCCAACAAAACAAUGAUACCGCUCCAGUUUUCCAAGAUAUUUUCGCGUCAGCUUACCCACUCAGAUUCUUGAUCUACAACGGUGAUGUUGACAUGGCUUGUCAAUUCCUCGGAGAUCAAUGGUUCAUCGAAAAAUUGGCUUCUGAUAACAAUAUGGCUGUUACCAAACAACACGCUCCAUGGAAUUACACACAAGGACAAUAUUUGCCACGUGUUGGAGGAUAUUGGAAACAAUUCACUUACACAAAUCCAAAGAAUGCUGCUGGAGUUGUUGUUAUUGAUCAAGUUACUGUUAAAGGUGCUGGACAUUUUGUGCCACAAGAUCGACCUGGACCAGCUCUUCAAAUGAUCUACAACUUUGUUAAUCAAUUUGAUUAUAAUCGCAAUUUGACUUUGGAUUAUUCAAGAAAACCACUUCUUUCUCAAUAUCAAUCAGCUCCGGUGACAGGUAAACAAUUUUCUUUGAUUGACAAGAAUUUGCAUUAUGAAAAAAAAACGGAUGAACCAAGUUUGCUCUAUCGCACACAUUUGUGUACUUCUCUCGGAUUUCAUAUCUAAACAACUAUUUCAUUUAUUUUCAGUGCCAAGAAGAAAGGCUGAUCAUAUCUUCCAACUUCCUGGAGCAACAUGGAAUGUGAACUUCGCACAACAUUCUGGUUAUCUCCAAGCAUCCCCAGGAAACUAUUUGUACUACUGGUUCGCCGAAUCACAAAGUGGAAGUGACAGCGAUCCAAUCAUUCUCUGGCUUCAAGGUGGACCAGGUUGCGCUUCAACUGGAGGAUUCUUCGGAGAAGUCGGACCAUUCUUUGUUAAUCCAGAUGGUGAAACACUUUUCGAAAAUAUCUAUUCAUGGAACAAAGCUGCACAUCUUUUGAUUAUCGAUUCGCCACGUGGAGUUGGAUAUUCUUAUCAAGAUAAGAAUGUGAAUAAUGAUACAACUUGGAAUGAUGACAAGACUGCUUUGGAUACUGCGUUGGCUUUGGAUGAUUUCUUUGCUGCUUAUCCACCACAUCGUAAUGCUGAAGUUUAUAUUGCUGGAGAAUCAUAUGGUGGAGUGUAUGUUCCAACUUUGACAAGAGUUUUGAUCAAUCGUAUUCAAGUAAGCUUUGAGAUCCCAGUGUGACAAAAAACCUUCAAAUUCCAGUCCGGUCAAUCAAACAUCAAACUUCGCGGUAUCUCAAUCGGAAACGGUUUAGUCAGUGCUGUUAACGAUGUUCGAACCCUCCCAGAUUUCCUCUACUUCCAUGGAAUUUAUGAUAAACCGUGAGUUCUCCUUUCCACAUAUAUCCUCAAAUAUAUUUUCAGACAAUGGGAAAAACUUCGCGCAUGCUGCCCAGCUGAUGAUAGUUCAUACGAUUGUAAAUACGAUCAAUACAUUACUAUUGAUUCCGGUGUCAACGUCAAAGCCAAACAAUAUCCAGAUAACCAAACUCUUCAAAAUUGUGCCAAUUUGGUUGAACAACUUUCUUAUGAUAGAAAUUGGAGAGCAAUGUGAGUUGAUUCAUUUUUAGAAAUAAUUCAACUUACCCUAAAUACAUUUAGGUACGAUCAAUACAAUUUGUAUCAAGAUUGUUAUGUUACCCCAAGUGGACAAGGAAGUGCAUUCAGUAAAAUUGACGCACAAGUGUCUCGCCUUGAAAUUGAAAGAAGAAUUAUGCAAACCAUCCCACAAGCCACACUUCAACAUUCAUUCCUUGAUCCUCUUUCAACUGAUGCGAAUGGCGGUUAUUCAUGCUGGCAAUUUGCAGCAAUCUCAAAUUAUUUGAGUUUGUCACAUGUUCGAGAUGCUCUUCAUAUUCCAGAUUUUGUUCAACAAUGGGGAUUCUGCAAUGAGCUCAAUUAUGCGAACUUGUAUAAUGAUACAACUCAAAUUUUCACUGAUAUUCUCAAUUCUGGAUACAAUCUGAAAGUUCUGAUUUACAACGGUGAUGUUGAUACAGUUUGUAGUAUGUUUGAAGCGCAAGGAAUGGUCAAUAAUUUCGCGAUUUCUAACAAUUUUGUUUCAAAUCAACCAAGAGCUGGAUGGAUGUAUGGAAACCAAAUCGGAGGAUAUGUUCAGAAAUUCCAAAAGAAUAAUCUCACUAUCGAUUUAUUGACUGUUAAAGGAGCUGGACAUAUGGUUCCAACUGAUAGACCAGGACCAAUUCUUCAAACAAUCAAUAAUUUCGUUCACGGACAACCAAAUUACAAUACUUCAGUAACAUUCAGUAUGCAAAGACAACCACUUCUCGCGCAAUUCACUCAACAAAAUGAGGGACCUCUUGCGACAUCCAAUCCAUCUACUGUCAAUCCAUCUGGUGCAUCAUCUACUGUUUCGAGCACAACAACAACAACCACAGUUGCACCAAGCAGUUCGGCUUCAACCACCAAAUCAAGCACCACAACUACCACACCAGUUUCGACAACAACUUCUGGAACUUCUCAAAUUUCAGCUGUAUUCACAAUCUUUGUAGCUUUCCUAGUCAAUUAUUUAUUUUAA